UGGGUUUUUUUUUUUUUUUAAUCAGAGAUGGAAAUGGAACCUCCCCCCUGGGUGCCCGAGGUGUCCCUUUGGGGUAGCGCCCCCCCUUCCGGAGGGCAGCAUCCCGGCGGGGUUGGGGGCUCAGCUUUGAUCCCAGGGCACCUUUUGUCCCUAGAGGCGCCCUCUGCCAGCCAGUAGAAAUGAUGGAAGAAUUGCAUAGCCUGGACCCUCGACGGCAGGAAUUAUUAGAGGCCAGGUUUACAGGAGUUGGUGUUAGUAAGGGGCCACUCAAUAGUGAGUCUUCCAACCAGAGCUUGUGCAGCGUGGGGUCCUUGAGUGAUAAAGAAGUAGAGACUCCUGAGAAAAAACAGAAUGACCAGCGAAACCGGAAAAGAAAAGCUGAACCAUAUGAAACUAGCCAAGGGAAAGGCACUCCUAGGGGACAUAAAAUUAGUGAUUACUUUGAGUUUGCUGGGGGAAGCGGGCCAGGAACCAGCCCUGGCAGAAGUGUUCCACCAGUUGCACGAUCCUCACCGCAACAUUCCUUAUCCAAUCCCUUACCGCGGCGAGUAGAACAGCCCCUGUACGGCUUAGAUGGAGCUGCAAAGGAGGUGCCAGAGGAGCAGUCCGCGCUGCCCACCCUCAUGUCAGUGAUGCUAGCAAAACCUCGGCUUGACACCGAGCAGUUGGCACAGAGGGGCGCCGGCCUCUGCUUCACGUUCGUUUCAGCUCAGCAAAACAGUCCCUCCUCUACGGGAUCUGGCAACACAGAGCAUUCCGGCAGCUCCCAAAAACAGAUCUCCAUCCAGCACAGACAGACCCAGUCUGACCUCACAAUAGAAAAAAUAUCUGCACUAGAAAACAGUAAGAAUUCUGACUUAGAAAAGAAGGAGGGAAGAAUAGAUGAUUUGUUAAGAGCCAACUGUGAUUUGAGGCGGCAGAUUGAUGAGCAGCAAAAGGUGCUAGAAAAGUACAAAGAACGAUUAAAUCGAUGUGUGACAAUGAGCAAGAAACUCCUUAUAGAAAAGUCAAAACAAGAGAAGAUGGCGUGUAGAGAUAAGAGCAUGCAAGACCGCUUGAGAUUGGGCCACUUUACCACCGUUCGACAUGGGGCUUCUUUUACUGAACAAUGGACAGAUGGUUAUGCUUUCCAGAACCUUAUCAAGUAAGUGAACUGCAGU